AUGGUGCACCCUGGACUGUGCAAUCAGCCAGACUCCGAUUCCUUACUCCUUGCACAUGUCACUCUGCUGCAGUGCCAUGCCAAGAGUCGCGUGCUCUCGAUGCCAAUGGAUUUGAGCUUAGCUGGGGCUGAAGUUGUGCGUGUUGUGUCGUCUCUAGAUCAAAGGUCUGCUUAA